UGGCAGGGUCGGAAUUAUAUCUUGCCCUAGUCAAUAGAUGCUGAUGUCUCAAGCACAGAAUAUAAUGUCUUUGUUGCCCACUGAGUGCAGGUAGUUCAAUUGUAGCUUCUGGGCAAUCCCCUUCCUCUUAGUAGGUUAAGGGCAAAGCAUGUUUUGGGACUUGGCUCAGAAAGAAGUCCUGACUUUUUUCCAGUGAAAAUGCAACUGAACAUUUCUUCUUUAUUUUCUCCUAGUUUAAAUCUGCAGCUUGUACUUCCCAGUGUGGGAGGAACAUUAUCCCACCUUUUACCUCCUACUAACAUCCACAAAGAAAUUAUUUUCUCCCAAACUGGCCAUCUUUUUUCCUUCAACAUACACACAAAAUAACCAAGGAAAAAUGAAGACAAAUUAUUGUAGGGCAGGUAUUUCUGGGCUCAUUUUACUGUACAAGAACAAAUAAGAAUGUGGAGCUCUGUGGGUGUAGACAAUGCUACAGGCAGAGGGACUCCCUUUCUUUGUUGGUGUCAUGACUCUGCCUAAAGAAGGCUCUGAAUUCCCAGCUGUUUGAUUUGCCUCCUUCUCAGAAGAGUUGUAGAUUCUGUAUUGGAAACAGGGAGAUAAUUUCAAGGUUUAUCUGACGAAAGCAUGUAAGAAAGGAUAGUGCUGAUAUGAAUGGCCUGUCCCCUCCUACCCCACCAGUGGGAGUGGCAUCAACCUUGUAGACUCUGCUGGAAUACAUAUGCUGGUGUAAUGCUUGAGCCAAGGAGCUCUGUUUCUACCUUAAAGAGACCUAGUAAGGGCCUAGGUUGGCAUUUCCCUCAGGCUCAUAAUCUCUAAAAAGAGACAUGGGAGGGAGAGGAUUAUUUUUUCUUCCAUCCAUAAACCAGUGUUUCUAGUUUAAGGAUUUAAGCCACAAGAUGCAGACCCCCAAACUUUUCAUUUCAACAUCCGAGAAAGAAGGUAAGCGUGGGUGGUCCCAAACCUUCCCACUGUGGCAAAAUUUAACUUUGGGCUGUAGUAGAAAGACUGGUUACCAGACUGAUAACCUGGGUUCUAUUUGGUCUUAAUUCUGUCACUAACCAGAUAGGUGACUCAGCUUAGUUUCUUCUUCUGUUAAAAAAUAAGAGAUUGGAGAUCAUCUCUCAACUCCAUUCUAGCUGCAAGAUUCCCCAGGUCCUACAACAUUCCUGCCCUAGGCCCUCCACAAGAAGAGAGGCUUACUUGUCAGGGCAAGAUUCUUUGUUAGCAGAGGAGCCUGAAAAUAUCUGUCCCGCCCAAACAACAGUGAGCCCUUUUGAUCAGCAUGCAUUAGAGACUUCUGGUCAGGACUGCCACCAAAGGCAAUUGUUCCCAUCUCUUCCCCCUUUUUACUACUCUAUACCAGUCAGGAUAGUUCACUGAACCUUCCAUGUAAUUUCAAACUUCACUUGAGCUAACUUUGUUAGGGGCAUCUUUGGCUUCAAAACUAAUUAUUAAGAAACUCAAAUCGAACACUGCUGGCCUACUUUUCUCACCUUUACCCAAACAUAAAGUUGAAUAGCAGUGACUUUGUGGGGCCUUUCUAUAAACACAGGGCUCAAAUACUUCAGGGUAUACCACAAACCCAGAGAGUAUCAGCUCGUGCGCAUCACCUAGUGAUUUACCUGUUUAGUUUAGCCCCUCCAUAGUUUCUUAAGUCCUAAAAUGAGACAUGGGAGGGGUACGAUUGUUUCUCCUCCCACCUAUAAACCUUAGCCUUCUCUCUCUUCUGCAGUCUACGUGGGGAGGACAGGGAAGUGCAAAGAACAAGAGAAAAUAUUCAUCCUUCUGAGAUCUAAAAGGAGACAAUGAGGUGAUAUUUUCCCACUCCCCAGACGUUGUGUUUCCAGCUCACACCCCUUCUUUUUUUAGAGACUGGUCAUUCCUAGGAUUACCUGGGAAUUCAUCCCCUCAGCACUGCUCCCCAAGCACUUGGAUAAUGAAGCUGAGCUGUCUUCGUCUGUCUUAUAUGUAGACAGAAGGUCAUCAUCUACAGCCUGGUGAAAAAAAUGAGUCAGACCUUUCUGCUAUAAAGACAGAUACAUGAGCUGAGAAAAGCAUCAGCUCCACCUACAGGAGGAGGGGUCUACUCUCAAAACAACACAACCAGGACCACUCUGGAACUCUAAGAUGGAUAUAGAAGACUGCAAUGGCCGCUCCUAUAUGUCUGCUGGAGAGGGAUCCCUCAGGAGGGUGUGUUCCGGAUUUCUUGCCUCAGGCCCAAGACUCCAACCAUUUUAUAAUGGAAUCUUUAUUUUGUGAAAGUAGCGGGGACUCAUCUCUGGAGAAGGAGUUCCUUGGGGCCCCGGUGGGGCCCUCGGUGAGCACCCCCAACAGCCAGCACUCUUCUCCCAGCCGCUCACUCAGUGCCAACUCCAUCAAGGUGGAGAUGUACAGCGAUGAGGAGUCGAGCAGACUGCUGGGGCCAGAUGAGCGGCUCCUAGAAAAGGACGACAGUGUGAUCGUGGAAGACUCGUUGUCAGAGCCCCUGGGCUACUGUGAUGGAAGUGGGCCAGAGCCUCACUCCCCCGGGGGCAUCCGGCUGCCCAAUGGCAAGCUCAAAUGUGAUGUCUGCGGCAUGGUCUGUAUCGGACCCAAUGUGCUCAUGGUGCAUAAGCGCAGCCACACGGGUGAAAGGCCCUUCCACUGCAACCAGUGUGGCGCCUCCUUCACCCAGAAGGGGAACCUGCUGCGCCACAUCAAACUUCACUCUGGGGAGAAGCCUUUCAAAUGUCCCUUCUGUAACUACGCCUGCCGCCGGCGCGAUGCUCUCACUGGCCACCUCCGGACACACUCGGUUUCCUCUCCCACAGUGGGGAAGCCCUACAAGUGUAACUACUGUGGCCGGAGCUACAAACAGCAGAGUACCCUGGAGGAGCACAAAGAGCGGUGCCACAACUACCUACAGAGUCUCAGCACUGAAGCCCAGGCUCUCGCUGGCCAAGCAGGUGAUGAGAUACGUGACCUGGAGAUGGUGCCAGACUCCAUGUUGCACUCAUCCUCUGAGCGGCCAACCUUCAUUGAUCGGCUGGCCAACAGCCUCACCAAACGCAAGCGUUCCACCCCCCAGAAGUUCGUAGGUGAAAAGCAGAUGCGUUUCAGCCUCUCAGACAUCCCUUAUGAUGUGAACUCGGGUGGCUAUGAGAAGGAUGUGGAGUUGGUAGCACAUCAUGGCCUGGAGCCUGGCUUUGGAGGUUCUCUGGCCUUUGUGGGGGCAGAGCAUCUGCGUCCCCUCCGCCUUCCACCUACCAAUUGCAUCUCAGAACUCACACCCGUCAUCAGCUCUGUCUACACCCAGAUGCAGCCCCUCCCCGGCCGACUGGAGCUUCCAGGGUCCCGAGAAGCAGGUGAGGGACCCGAGGACCUGGCCGAUGGAGGUCCCCUCCUCUACCGGGCCCGAGGCCCCCUGACCGACCCUGGGGCAUCCCCUAGCAAUGGCUGCCAGGACUCCACAGAUACAGAGAGCAACCACGAAGAUCGGGUUGGGGGGGUGGUAUCCCUCCCUCAGGGUCCCCCACCCCAGCCACCUCCCACCAUUGUGGUGGGCCGGCCCAGUCCUGCCUACGCCAAAGAGGACCCCAAGCCGCAGGAGGGGUUACUACGGGGCACCCCAGGCCCCUCCAAGGAAGUGCUCCGGGUGGUGGGCGAGAGUGGUGAGCCCGUGAAGGCCUUCAAGUGUGAGCACUGCCGAAUCCUUUUUCUGGACCAUGUCAUGUUCACCAUCCACAUGGGCUGCCAUGGCUUCAGAGACCCUUUCGAGUGUAACAUCUGUGGUUACCACAGCCAGGACCGGUACGAAUUCUCUUCUCACAUUGUCCGGGGGGAGCACAAGGUGGGCUAGCCACCUGCUGCCCUCCCCUCAGUCUGCCACUCCACUGCCCUGCCUACACGAGUCUAGCUCUGUCCCCACUACAUCCCAAGGAGUUUUGCUCGGUAGCCCCCACCACUGGCUACCUGACUUCAUACUUGACCCUGACCCCUCUUCACCUAUUCUCCUCUACCCUGACUGAUUUAAGCAUUGUGAUGAAACAGGCUUUUUUGCUUACAUUUCUCCUUUUCCUCUUCUCCUCUCAUCCCAGCAUAUUCAGAGUUAUUUAUUAAUACAAUUUGUGGAUGUUUCUUUUGCUUUUUUCUCUUAACUUGUGUCAGUCGCUUGCCACUUCCCCCACCCUCCUGCCCACAGUCCCUUUCCACUUUAGACCUCAUUUUUUUUUUCUUUGAUCCAGCUUUCUCUAACAGCCCUAGGGGUAGGAAGCUCCUCCUAGUCCUAAGAGUUCUGAGCUUCUCGUGUUAAUUCCUCACCUUUUGCUUUAUCUGAUUCUUCAGUUUUGAUGCUGAUAGCUCCCUCUGGCCCUCCGUUUGCUCUGUGGCAUUAUAUCUCCUCUCUGGGACCCUCCAACCUGGUACUCCAUACCUCUUGUGCCCUCUCACUUUAGGCAGCUUGCACUAUGCUUGAAAAAAUGAAGCUUUCCUCAUUUGGAAGUAGGAGGGGCUGAAGAAAUUCUCCCCAGGCACUGUGGGACUGAGGGUCCUCUUGAUGUUCCCCUAGUAACAUGAGUUCCCCAAAGCCCACAUUCGGGAAUCUCCCUCUGGGAUGUGAUCUAUCUCUUCUCUCCUCAAACAACCCCCAACACAGCUACUCUCUUCAACCUCCUCGUCUACUCAGUGGUGGUUUUUCUCUCCUUGGAGUGCCCCAAUUUUAUAUUCUCAGGGGCCAAGGCUAGGUUUGCAAUCCUGUCUCUGACACGUUGGGAGCCACAGGUGCCUAAUUGGGAACCAGGGCAUGGGAAGGGGGUGGUUUAAAAUUCUUCUCUUUCUCUUCCACCUCUAAACUUCUUCACUCUAGUGACCUUCCUAGGCUCUCAGGGGCUCCUACAGUCCUUGUCCUAUGAGAAACUAGUGGGUUGCUGCCUGAUGACAAGGGGCAUCUCAACCCCUCAGUCAUGCUGCCUUCUUCUUCUCCCCGCAACCCCCUGCAAGAUUCACCCUCAUUCCCAGGCUUCUGGGCCCUGUUCUUAAGAUCAGUGGCAGGGAGAAAAGGGUGUCUCUUUUCUCUCUUCUAAUUUUCAGUAUAACCAAAAAAUUAUCCCAGGAUGAGGAAGGGCAUUUGCCCCUCACCUUAUUCCAUUCUUGUCCCGGCAAGAAUGGGAUGGGCACAACUGAACUGGGGGUCAUCCUUUACCGCCCCCUUCUAUACUCAGUUCCCAGAUGUAGGGCAGGAGGGGGCACUUUCCUCCUGGCUACAGCAGAGACCCCCUGGCUUUUUGGGUAACCUAGUUAGUGAGAAGGGGGCAGGAGGAGAUAGCUCUACUGCAAGUGGAGGUCUCUUUCUACAAGCGUUUUCUGCCCCCAGGCCACAGCUAUCCCAUUCUCUGCUUCCUUGAGAUUCAAACCAAAGGCUGUUUUUCUAUAUUUAAAGAAAAAAAGAAAAAAAAGAAAGUAAAAACCAAACACAACACCUCACAAGUUGUAACGCUUGGUCCUCUCUCUCUCUCUCCUUUUCUCUUCCCUUCCAUCUUUCUUUCCAUAUGUCCUUUCCUUAUUGGCUCUUUUGCCUCCUACUUUUCUCACUCCCUAUCAGGGAUAAUUUAGGGGGAUGGUGAAGGGUUGGCUAAGGAACAGACCCUGGGAUUGGGGCUCCAAAGGGCUCUAAGAAGAGUCUACCUUACCCUCUUAUGGGAAGGGAGACCCUAGAAAAACUUCUCCUCUUUUUCCUCCUUUUUCUCCCCCAUUAUGUAGUCUCCCUGAGAGAACCAGAUUGUCAGGAAGGGGCAUUGUGGGUUGAUUGUUCCUCCCAAUGUAGCAAUAAACAGAUGCUGCCAAGGGCAGAGGAUGGGGGAGUUAACUGGAAGGAGAGUGGUCUCUAGAUAAGGGGAGAGUCUUCUCAACAGCACCCUAGGGAACUGGCUCCUUGUUUCAGGAUGGCAGCAGAGCUGAGAUUAAUAUCUAGGGUUCUCCUCAACUGUUCUGGUUAUUGAGCCCCUUCCUGUUAAACUUAACCCUCACCACCUCUUCUGCGUCUGCUGUGUACUUGGUGACACCUCAUAAGGACUAGUCCCUUCUGAGGUAUCAGAGCCUUAGGGUGCCCCCAUCCCCUCCCCCAGUCAGCUCUGGCACCUGUAACCUCCUGGAACAUGAAGGACUAUGCUCUGAGGCUAUACUCUGAGCCCAUGAGAGCAGAGACUGGAAGGGCAAGACCAGGUGCUAAGGAGGGGAGAGAAGGGCACUCUGUCUCUCUCCAGACCAUCACUGCACUUUAACCAGGGUCUUAGGUACAAAAUCCUACUUUCCAGAGCCUUCCAACUCUGGAACCUCAAACAUCCUCAUGCUCUCUCCCAGCUCCUUUUGCAUAAAAAAAAAAAAAAAAAAAGUAAAGAAAAAGAAAAAAAAACCCACACUGAAACCCACAUGGAGAAAAGAGGUGUUUUCCUUUUAUACUGAUAUUCAAAACCAACACCACACACAAAAAAUUUCUAAAUAGACACUUUUCCAGACCUUUGUUUUUUUUGUGUCAGUGUCCAAGCUGUGGAUGGGAUUUUGUAAUACUUCCAGCAGCUUCUUUCUUUGUGUACAUAAUAUAUAUAUAUAUUAUAUAUAUUUUUAAUCAGAAGUUAUGAAGAACAAAAAGAAAAAAAAAUAAAACACAGAAGCAAGUGCAAUACCACCUCUCUUCUCUUUCUCUCCCAGGGUUUCAUUUGUAGCCUAUGCUUGGUGUCUCCUUGGACCUUACCCUUUCACCUCCUCCUCUUCCUUUGGUUUCCUCCAACCCCCUUUUUUAAAGAGUUUUUCUCCUUUCUCAAGGGGAGUUAAACUAGCUUUUGAGACUUAUUGCAAAGCAUUUUGUAUAUGUAAUAUAUUGUAAGUAAAUAUUUGUGUAACGGAGAUAUACUACUGUAAGUUUUGUACUGUACUGGCUGAAGGUCUGUUAUAAAUAAACAUGAGUAAUUUAACACC